UUGCCAAUCUUCUUAUGCUAUUUUACUCAAAAGCCCAUAUAAAGGAGAAGAAGGGAGGAGACUUGACUGGGUGAAAAAAGAAAAGAAAAACUAGUUGAUGAAGCAAGGAAGCUCAACUGAAAUUAUUACACAACAUGGGUCUAUAAAAGCCCAAAGAUGCUAGGCUGUUGCUUCAUUGCGUAAUUGAAGAGAAAUAAUUGUUUAUAUUUCGCAUACAAGUACUGAAAUGAGGCUAAUUAAGCAGCUGUUGGUUGCUUUAGUAAUAGCUUCAUUAUUAGAGGGAUGGUGGAGCUGUGAUGGUUGUUUGGAUUAUGAGAGAAAUGCUCUUUUGCAACUCAAGGCUUCUUUCAAUCAUCCUGAACACAAAUCACUCUUCUCUUGGGGAUUACAUACUGAUGACUGUUGUAAAUGGAAAAAUAUUCACUGCAGCUCCACCACUGGACGAGUUUCCAAACUCAGUAUUCAGGGCGAUUAUUUGGCCGUUGAAUGGUGCUUCAAUGCCUCUUUGUUUCUUCCUUUUCAAGAAUUGACGAGUCUUAGCUUACGAAACAAUCAUAUUAUUGAUUGUGUUGAGAAUGAAGAUUUUGAAAGAUUAGAAAGGCUCAGCAAGUUGGAGUUUCUUGAUUUAGAAGGUAACUUGUUCAACAACAAGAGCAUUGUAUCAUCUAUUGGCCAUCUUUCAUCUUUAAAAUCAUUGAAUUUGGGCGACACUAGAUUGAAAAGUGUAACGGAUAUUCAAGGACUAUCAAGUCUUCAAAAUUUGGAGCUUCUUGAUUUGUCAUUCAACAAUUUCAGUGAUAGCAUCAUACCAUUUUUACGCAUCUUUCCAUCUUUAAAAUCAUUAAAUUUAGCCGGCAAUAGAUUGAAAAGUGGUAUUCAAGGACUAUCAGGACUUGAAAAUUUGGAGUUUCUUGAUUUGUCAUCCAACAACUUCAGUGAUAGCAUCAUAUCAUUUUUACGCAUCUUUCCAUCUUUAAAAUCAUUAAAUUUAGCCAGCAAUAGAUUGGAAAGUGGUAUUCAAGGACUAUCAGGACUUGAAAAUUUGGAGCUUCUUGAUUUGUCAUACAACAACUUCAACAAGAGCAUCAUACCACUUCUAAGUGUAUUUUCAUCUUUAAAAUCUUUAACAUUGAUCAACAACAGAUUGGAAAAUAUAACUGAUUUUGAAGGACUAUCAAAACUUAGCAAUUUGGAAUUUCUUGAUUUAAGUCUUAAUGACUUCGGCAAUAGUACCCUAUCAUCCAUUGGUGAUCUUUCAUCUUUAAAAGAAUUACAUCUGGAUGAAUGUGGAUUGAGAGGAACAUUUGAUAUUCAAAAAUUGGAUGCUUUGGGCAACUUAAAGGUACUGAGCCUACGAAGAAAUGAAAUUACCAAAGUUGUGGACUCAAGAGGUUUAUGCGAGUUAAAACAUCUUCAAAAGCUAGAUAUGAGCAACAAUGAUCUCAGUGGCACUUUACCUUUGUGUCUAGCAAAUUUAACAUCCCUUCAACUGUUAGAUCUAUCUUUCAACCACUUCAUUGGAAAUAUCUCCUUAUCUCCCCUGGGGACCCUCACAUCUAUGCACACAUUACAUCUUUCAAGCAACCUGUUCCAAAUCCCAAUCUCUCUUCUGCCAUUCUUCAACCUUUCAAAGCUCAAGCACUUGGAUUGUUAUGAGAAUGAAAUAUAUGCAGAUAUAGAUGUGCCUACUCUGACACCAAAAUUUCAACUACGGACCCUAUAUUUGUCAGGUCAAGGAGAUGGCGGAGUGUUUCCCAAGUUCUUCUACUAUCAGCAUAAAUUAGAAUAUGUUUAUAUGUCAAAUAUUAAAAUGAAGGGAGAGUUUCCACAUUGGUUGAUCAGGAACAACACAAAAUUAUACGCACUUUACUUGCACAACUGUUCUCUUUCGGGGCCUCUCCAAUUGCCAAUUCAUUCCCAUGUGUAUUUUUCACACUUAGACAUCUCUGACAACUACUUCAAUGGCUCUAUUCCAACAGAAAUUAGAGUAUGUUUUCCAAGUUUAAAUUCUCUAGACUUGUCUGGAAAUGGUCUCACCGGUGGCAUUCCUUCAUCAUUUGGCAAAAUGAGUCAACUGACAGAAUUAGACUUGUCCAACAAUCAUUUGUCAGGCAUAAUACCCCAAGAGUUGAUUGUUGGAUGCAGUUCGUUAUAUGAGCUCAUUCUUUCAGACAAUAGUUUGCAUGGCCAAAUAUUCCCAAAACAAGCUAAUUGCAAAGAAUUGAUUCGAUUAUUGUUGGAUGGCAAUCAAUUCACUGGAAGUAUCCCAUAUAGCAUAACUAAUUGCACAAUGUUGGAAAUGUUGGACGUGAGUGAUAAUCGACUCUCUAGUAGCAUCCCUGGUUGGAUAACGAAUAUGACUACUCUCCGAAUCUUGGAUCUGUCAGAGAACAAUUUCUUUGGAAACCUGCCAUCUAGCUUUGUCCCUCCAAUGAUCAAGGAAGUUUAUCUAUCAAAAAAUUGGCUACAAGGACCAUUGACCAAUGCAUUUUAUGGUUGUUCUAAAUUAACAAUAUUGGAUCUUAGUCACAACCAUUUCACUAAAAGGAUUCCAGAAUGGAUUGGCAAUUUUUCAAAAUUGACCUAUCUUCUUUUGGGUUAUAAUAGACUUGAAGGUGAAAUACCAAUUCAGUUGUGCAACUUAACCCAAUUGAGUUUGGUUGAUUUUUCUAAUAAUAAUCUUUCUGGUCCUGUUCCCCCUUGCAUAAGCCUUCGUAGGUAUUCUGAUCACGAAAGAAUUUACAUGCCUUCUCCUAUAGAUUCUAUGACUCAACCUUUGGAGGUUACAACAAAGAAUGCAUUGCGUUAUUUCCAAGGAGGGAUUCUCAGGCUCAUGUUAGGACUCGAUCUGUCCUGCAACAAUUUGACAGGUGAAAUACCUGUUGAAAUAGGAAAUCUUGACAAAAUCCUGCUGUUAAACCUGUCCCAUAACAAGUUGACGGGAUUGAUUCCACAAUCAUUUUCAAAGCUAAAGCAAAUUGAGAGCUUGGAUCUUUCCUAUAACAACUUGAAUGGCAAAAUCCCUCAACUCACUCAACUAUAUUUUCUAGCUGUCUUCAGUGUAGCGCACAACAAUUUAUCUGGUAGGACACCUGAGAUGGUUGCACAAUUUGCGACAUUCGAGAAUAGUAGCUAUGAGGGAAACCCUUUCCUUUGUGGACCUCCACUGUCUAGAAGUUGCUUUUCUUCAUCAAUAAUGCCAAGAUUUUCGGAGGAGGAUAAAAAAUAUCAUAAAAAGGAUGGUGGCUUUGUGGACAUUGAUGCUUUCCAUGUGAGUUUUCUGAUUUCUUAUGCCAUAGUGUUGUUGACCAUAGCAGUCGUUUUGUACAUAAAUCCAUAUUGGCGAAGAGCAUGGUUCUAUAUGAUAGAGUUGAGCCUCACCAACUUCUACUAUUUUCUGGUGGACAAUAUUCCUUUUGUGUUUAAAUGCUAUUGAAGCCUGGGUCUGCUAUGUGCUUUAGAAACCAUGGGUCUGCUAUGUACUUUAGAAACCAUGGGUCUGCUAUGAGUCAGCUGAGUUUGUGUUGUAGUUGUGUAAGCUGGGAAGGUUGCAGAAUAAUGAGCUGAAGCUGAUUGCAGAACAUCAUUUAUUACUUGUUUCUGUCAGUCAGUUAGAUGAGCUAUAAACAUAGCUUGUUGACUUUGCAACUUCCUAUGUACUCUUGUGUGCUGUUCAUUUCUUGAAUGAGAAGUAGUCACUCUGCAAGCCUGCUCAAGAUUUAUAGUACUGUAAGUUUGAAUAUUUGUCUAAAAAUGAAAAUAAGAUAAAUUACAUUUAGCAAUUUUUUUUUUAAA